AUGGCAACUACAUUAUUCCCUAUUGAGCCUGUAUAUAACUUUUCGUAUUCUCCAUUUGACGAUCUUUCAAACAAUGUUUUUAAAGAAAAGUCUGAACAAAAGUACCGAUCGGUGAUCGUGACUUUAUUUAGUGACAAGAAAACGAUGUGCUUGACUUUUCCAACAGAUGCUCACAUAACUAUAUUCGAUAUAAAACAAGUCGUAUAUAAACGACUCUUGCUUGAACCUAAGGAUCAAUAUCUUUAUACAACAUCCGGAAAGUUAUUAAACGAUCAUGCUCCUAUUUUCGAAAAUGAGGAGUUUGUAAACGUUAACCUUAGAAUUCGCAUUCUUGGUGGAAAAGGAGGUUUUGGUUCUAUGUUAAGAGCACAAGGAGGUAAGAUGGCAAGCCAAAAAACUACUAACUUUGAAGCAUGUCGUGAUUUGAAUGGACGUAGAUUAAGAACCGUUAAUGAGGCUAGAAGAUUGGCUGACCAUCUUGAGCAAGAGCCAGAACGUCAACGUGCUCAAAGGGAAAAAGUAAAAAAGAAAAUUGAAGAAGGUUUGCGUGAACCUUCAACAAAAAAGCAUCGUUUUGAUGACACUGCUUACUUAAAGGCUAGCGAAGAAAUGAAGGAGAAGGUACAAAACACAGUUGCCGAAGCUCUCCAAAAGCCAGGUAUAAAUAAAAAAAAUGAUGCUUCUAUAGGCUCUUCAAAAAAUACCAUUGCUUCAUUGUCAAUGUGGGACGUUGAAAUAAGCGAUUCCGAUAGUGGAGGUUCCGAUGAUAAUGAUACAGAGGUUGAGGACAACUUAGAAGAUACCGCAAGUAAGAAGAAAGAAAAAGGAAAAGAAAAAGACAAAGACACGAAGAAGAGAAAGUUAUCAGAAAUCUAA